GGCGCAAGCUGCGACCGCGGGAUCGCUGCCGGGCGCGGAUCCUGUGACACCUCCCAGCACGCGGCACUUGUUGCUCGCAGGACCUGCUGCCCAUCCCUAAGCCCACCUUUCCCCCUGGUCCUCUGUCCCCGCCUGGCUUCUCUCCUUUCCGUGUGAUCGCCAGGACACCGAUCUCUCGGGCACUGCUCUCACCGGCUGGAAAAAUAGAUUAAAGAAAAUAGAUAAAUAAACGUGACUCCUCAGGGGGCCCCGCGGGGCAGCCGCAGCAACAGCGACAGGAGCAGGAGCGCUGGCCCGGGCGCCGCAGAGGUGGCGCCUCCCCGGCCCGGGACGCUGGCCCCGGGCACCGACGGCAUGACGGAUUCGGCGACGGCUAACGGGGACGACAGGGACCCUGAGAUCGAGCUCUUCGUGAAGGCUGGAACCGAUGGGGAAAGCAUUGGCAACUGUCCCUUCUCCCAGCGUCUCUUUAUGAUCCUCUGGCUGAAAGGCGUCGUGUUCAAUGUCACCACUGUGGAUCUGAAAAGGAAGCCUGCUGACCUGCACAACCUCGCCCCCGGCACACACCCGCCUUUCCUGACCUUCAACGGGGAUGUGAAGACAGACGUGAAUAAGAUCGAGGAGUUCCUGGAGGAGACUCUGACCCCUGAGAAGUACCCCAGACUGGCGGCGAAACACCGGGAAUCCAACACAGCGGGCAUCGAUAUCUUCUCCAAGUUCUCUGCCUACAUCAAAAAUACGAAGCAGCAGAGCAACGCUGCUCUUGAGAGAGGCCUGACCAAGGCGCUGAAGAAGCUGGACGACUAUCUGAACACGCCUCUGCCAGAGGAGAUCGACACCAGCACCCGAGAGGAUGAUGACAAGGUGUCUCGACGCAAGUUCCUGGAUGGGGAUGAGCUGACCCUGGCCGACUGCAACCUGUUGCCCAAGCUCCAUGUGGUCAAGAUCGUGGCCAAGAAAUACCGCAACUACGAUUUCCCGGCGGAGAUGACGGGUCUGUGGCGGUACCUGAAAAACGCCUACGCCCGGGACGAGUUCACCAACACCUGCGCGGCCGACAGCGAGAUUGAGCUGGCCUACGCCGACGUGGCCAAGCGCCUGAGCCGCUCCUGAGCGCCGCCCGCCCGCCCCAUCGCCGCUGCGCAAGGACUCUGGCUUCAUAGACUCCCCUUCCACGUAGCCUCGGAAACCUUCUUUUGUGUUUUAAUCAGGCCACACCUCACUGGCAUCAUGGGAACCCCAGCCUGCGGUCUUUGGCGAAGGUCAGCGCUGCCCCCGUCUGACCAGGCAGGAACCCACCAGCAGAAAAGAGAGAAGCCUUCAAGCUCUCAAACUUCGGACCUGGGUCAGGCUCCAGUGUAGUUGGGGUCAGGGUGGGACUGUCCCUGGCCCCUUUGCCAAUAUCAAAAUCUCUCCUCCGAUGCAUUGAAAACGUGCAACCCUGUGUCCUCGUCCACCCUCCUCCUUGUCAGUAGUAACACCAAGGCCAAGGCCAAAUGCCAUCCUUAUUAGAAAGCAGCGCAGGGCUGUGUGAGGGGAGAUGGAGGGUGAGGAGAAAGGAUGCAGCAGGCGGUGGAUUGAAGCAUCCCGCAGACACACCUGCCCUCGUUUCCAGGUUUCUGGCACCUGCGGUCCCUUUGGACCCCGGAGGCCAGAGUGGAAAACCACUUUAGACACAGUCUUGGUUUGCAGCAGUGCUGGGCGUGCUGUGAUGUACCUGGCGGAUGCUGAUGUGACCUGCAUUUUUAUCUUCCAGGCCUUGCGGGGAAAUUAGCAUGUAAUUCCAAAGUGGGGUGAAUGGAGAGGGGAAGCGGAGGGGCGAGCAGUGUUGAUGCCAAAAGGCCCUGGAGGGGGGGGGUCUACCAGCCAUGGGGUUUGCUUGCUUACGGGAGUGGUUUCAUCAGAGAUUAUAAGCCUGGCUGUGACUGCAUUUGUCUGUGAAAAAGGAGAUGGGCCCAGGGGGUGAUGAGGAUAAAAAAGUUCUUUAUGAGGCUCAGUGUUCCCUAGGAAUCUUUCAGAUGGGUCUUCUCUCUCAUGAUCCGUCUUUACCUGGUAAUGUCAUAUCACAACCAACCUUAUAGCAGAAACCUGAGAUUUGGCCAAAAAUGGCUUUCCAGUCCCUUCCUGUGUUUGCUGGAUAUGGGUCUGCUAGCUGGGUGCUCUCUGAUUCAGCCACAGAGAUCUAUUUAGGAGGCUGCAUGAUCAUGGAACCUUAGGAAGAAAGUCCAGGGGCCUUUCUGACUGGGAAACCAUAUGGUUUGAACUCGAAGAAAAAAAUAUGUGCACCUCUGGGUUAAUUUCCCUACCAUCCGACUCAACUGCCAGAUGAAAAGGAGGAAACUUUUUUUUUUUUUUUUAAGCUACUAUUUCACUCUGUAGUCAUUCUCCUUGAGUGUCACCUCCUUAAAAGCUUACCCUGCUUGAGCGCGGGGGCCUGUGCUGAGGCACCUAAGAAGAAUGAGCUGGUCAUCUGCUCCCUCUCCCAGGGAACAGUCUGGAAGACCCUGACCUUCAAGAGUCCUUCCUUCUGUGUUUCCCGUCAGUGGGGGGAGGGGGAGGCGCCCAAGUGCCCCAAAGCCCCAGGACUUAGCUCACUGCUCAGCGCGGCCAGGACAGCACCGAGCCUUCACCUAGAUGCAUCGCCAGCUUCUAUCCGAGCCAUCCCCUGCCUCCAGGGAGCUCACACGGAGCAGAGCAGAGGGGAGCAAGCAGGCGGUAUCCUUUAGCCCAGGGAGGACCAGGACCUUUCUGAGGAGGACAUUUGAUAGGCCUGAGACCUUGGAAGAGGAAGAAGGAAGUGGAUGCAUUUCCACCUGUAAGGGUACCUUUCCAUGGACUUCCUUGGAAGCUUGGUCCCCAGAGAUGGCUGAAAGGGAGAACUGGUGAGGAAACAGCCCUUUUGACUGUAGGGAAGAGUCCCAGACUGGCCUUCCUGGGAGAUGAAAGAUUGAGUGACCCCGAAGCCCUUUUGAAAUGAGUGUGAAAUCCUGUUGUGCUCAGAAAUCCUUCCCUGAACUUAGCACAGGCAUGACGAUCUAAGAGGCAGUUUACUUUCCUGAGAUCCACAGAGGUGCUGUUCUUGAAGUAUACCUGAGAAGCACAGCCAGCGACAGAGAAAAGAGGAUGCCCAGGUGGAGUAGCUCCCCCAGGUGGAGUAGCUCCCCCAGGUAGAGUAGCUCUUCUAGGUAGAGUAGCUCCCCCGGGUGGAAUAGCUCCCCAGAGGAGUUUUUGGACACUAACAUGCUGAUUUGAUAUUCAGAAUUCAGCAAUUGGCAAGUCUUUAAACACAGCCUUAAAAAGCAAACAAGCCAAACCAAAUCAAUAUUAUUGGUCCUGGAUGUUCUUUCUGUAGUUGACUUCUUUUUACAUAAGUAACAAUAAUAAGACAUUGGGGUGGGGUGGGGCAGUUAUAUGAUCAAUUACAACCAUUUUAAAAAGGAAGAGGAGCUGUAGAUGGAAAGCACUUCCUGGUACUUAAUCCAGGAACAUCUUUCUAUUUCAACAGUAGGUUAUCAUAAGAUGCAGCUGACUGUUGACUUCAAGCUUUAAGGAGUUCCCCAGUGACCUAGUGGUUAAGGAUCUGGCAUUAUCACUGCAGUGGCUCAGGCCACUCCCAUGGCACAGGUUGGAUUCCUGGCCCGGAAACUUCUGCAUGCUGCAGGUGCAGCCAAAAAAAAAAAAAAAAACCUUUAAUAUCUACGACCAGAUAUAUCAAAGUAUAUUAAAAUAAUAAUGUUGCCUUCUGAUUAUUUUUUUCAAAAGAAAUUUUUCUCCAGUUCCUUCAGCUUCCCUGAGUUUUGGCCAUAACCUUGUCAUGUAGACAGCAGAAAAUCUCCUGGCAACCAUGUGGAGAGGUCCUCAGAUAUCCCCAGAAGCAACUCUAGGAGUAUUGAAGGUCCACAGAUGGACCCAGAACUCCAGAGCGUUAAGGCAGGAGGUGAUCCUUGCUACUGGUCUGGAAUGCAUAUCAUUGCCUCCAAAAGCCUUUUGAAGGCACUGAAGGGAUUUAUUUGGGUUGAGAUCCUAUUUUGUUCUGGAUUUAUUUCUCUCCUUUGACGUUCACAUCACUGUGGUUUUUCGGUGGGAGGCAGAGGCAGAAACAAGAAUCAUACUCAGAAAGACUGUGUUGAAUUUACCCAUCUACUCAGUCCUGCCUACCUCUCAGGAGAGAGGCUAUUGGAUAAGAUUUUAAUAACUACACAAGAUGAGCUGGCUCAGUAAAAGCUUGAUUGGCCCAGAGCACUGUUCCUUUUACCAUGUGCCUUGAUGACCUGACGAUUCAGAAUCACAGGCACGAGUUUGGCCAUCUUGUUUUAAACAAGGGGGCGGAGCUACCUGGCACUCAGUUCUUGGGUUGAAAAGUGAAACACACACUCCAUUUGGUUAUUUGACCACAGGAUCUUGAGCCAGUUUCGGCUUCCCAGGAAAUGGCACUGUCUUCAGGUUUCACUUCUCCUGCUGGUGGAGCCAUUGAGAAGUUUGAUCUUUGCAUUAGAAAAAGGCCACACCAAGAGUGAGAGCUCCCCAGGCUGUAUUUUCCAGCAUCUGUCAAAUAAAACCACAGAAGCUCUUGACAAUACCUGUGCCCACUGGCCAUUCUCCAGAAAGACAAGACCAAGCCUCUUAGAACUGUCGCCAAAUGAGUCACCCCUGGAAGGGACCUUGAAGAUCUAAGAGUCCUGGAAAUCAGCACUUUCUAUCAGGAGAAAACAGUGAGAGUAGGUGUCUGAAAUUAAAUUGGUCCAGGAGCACGUGGUACCCAGAAGGUAUGUCUGCGGCUCCCCCCGUUUCCACUGGCCAGGAACCUGUUCAAAGGCAGAGUGAAUCAAGAUGCUGAUGUCUCCCUCCUUGGAAAAAUGAAGCAUCAAUUCAUGGGUAAAUCUAAGUUCAAUGAUUCCCUUAUUAAUAUGUUUAAAAACUCAAUAAAAUAUUCAAGAACCUCUGAAGUAUUAGAGAGAGAGUGUGUGUGUGUGUGAAGGAUCCUGGUUCUGAUGCUGGGAGAGAAGUCAUCCUAUCCUUGACCUUGAGGUCCUUCUUGCACACAAGGCCCACUGUCUUCUGCCCACUGCUCUUCUCAUUUAACUCAGACCCCCUAGGAGUUCAUCUUCCACUCCCUUUGUCAGCCUUCUCCUCCCAGCUUCCUUUCAGAACACUUUCAUUUCGUAAUUAGGUGUGAUCCAAGGUAUGCGUGAUCUUACUUAUUGUUACUUCAGGAAAUGGAUCCAGUGCUCCCUGCCCCAACCAAAAAUAAAAUUUAAAAAUUGGCUCAUUCUA